ACGAAAGUAAAUUUUCAUAGGAGGUCUUAUUUGUGCCAAAUAGCUAUGGAAUUGUGGAUAGGCUUACUCCCUGGGCUCCAUCUCACCCCUACCCGAUAACACUCCACUCCGAACUCCGUCGCCUUCCUCUUCUCCUCCGUACAACGACGUAUUACCGCCGAGUCGGAAGCCCUCACCUCGUAUCCGCGCAACAUACGACACUUUAACUUUCCUUCUCCCUCAGAGGUGUACCGUAUUCGUGAUUCUCCUCAGGUCUAGUUAUAUAGCAAUGAAUAUUUGGUUUCUGGAUAAUGUCCCGUGGUUUAAAUCUUUCUCUAAGAAGGAUAUGGCUUCAACCACAAUGUCCAGUACCAUGCGAAUACAGACUCCUAGACAAACUGUUCAUAUUGAUAUCAAGUUUUGGGAAUGGCCUAUAUUUUCAUUUAUUCCUUGGGCAAUUUCUGCCAGGAAUAAGAUUCAGAUACCAUCCACUGUCAACCAAAAGCUAAAACGUGGCCCACGAGCUCGUGGAAGAAGUGAACUUGUUUCUCAAAAUUAUAUACGCUUCAGACCAUAUGUCUCCAAGGUUCCAUGGCAUACUGGUGCAAGAGGUUUUUUGUCACAACUGUUUCCACGAUAUGGGCAUUAUUGUGGUCCCAAUUGGUCAAGCGGGAAAGAUGGUGGAUCUCUGAUCUGGGAUAGAAGACCGAUUGAUUGGCUGGACUUUUGUUGCUAUUGCCAUGACAUUGGUUAUGACACUCAUGACCAAGCUGAGCUUCUCAAGGCAGACCUUGCAUUUCUCGAGUGCUUGGAGAAGCCUCACAUGAGUACCAAGGGAGAUCCUCAUGUUGCUCUUCUUUACAAAACAAUGUGUGUUUCAGGUUAGUAAUAAACAAAUGUCUCGUUGGCGCGCAUUGGAGCCUAAAAUGUCUGUUUUGUUAAGACUAAAAUGGGGGGAGCGAUAUAAUUUGCUAACAUUCUGAUUUAAAUUUCUUAAUUGGCUGACCUUCUGAGUUAACUAAAAAAUGGCGAUUUUUUAGAUAAACUAAAAUUAUAUUUUAAAAUGAAGGUAGAGAGUUGUCCUUUUUUUGUUUAAAUCGUUUAAACCAAAAAGUACCUUCAUUGCUACUUUUAUAUGUUCUGAGCUUAUUGUACCAACCCUUCAACCAACAUAAUUAAAUAAAUUACUCUUCAGUGAAAAUAUUGUGCAAAAAGCCGAAAAAGGUAUACACAUACCUUAAUUUAUCGUGCUCUCAAUGUUUUAAAUGCAGGUCUGAGGAACAUAUUGAUUCCUUACCGGCAACAACUCGUGAAGUUACAAUCAUGGCAGUUGCCUCUUCAGUUUGGAUGGUUAAGCAAUGUUAAAUUUAAAUGGCCAAAGCUACAUGCAUGACACUUGAAGAGAGAGUAUAUAUCUCGUGUCCCAAAUAAGCAAUUAAAAACUCAGCAAUAUAAAUAAUGCUAUUCUUUAGUCAGAAGCUAUUGGCAUUGUAAAUAAUGGAGUAAUAUCUGUGAAGGUGCUAUAGCUAAAGACGAAAUUAUUAAUGUUACAAAGGUUGCUUGAUUUCCGAUCUUUAUGUUGUGUGCAAUAAUGUGUAUUGACUAUUGUGCAUACUUAACAUAUCAUAAUUCAUAAUUUGUGUAUACUAAAGAUCACGUUUGUAAUAAUGAGGGAAAUGACUAUACUGGGGGGAGGGGAAUAUAGAGGGAAAAGACUACUAUGGUCUAUGGGAAUUUAUAUUGUAUUGCUUGAAAACAUUUUAGAUAUGUUAGAUAUGAUGUUUUUAUUAUUUCAA